UCAUACUCAACGCACCGACAACAUUGAUAGCUCUUGAGGCUGCGUGCUAAUUAGAUCCAUCCUGGCCACAACUUAAAUCUUUUCCUGAGUUGAAUCGACCAUAUCCGAUACUACGUAAAUGUGAAUGAAAGAAAAAUAGAGCGAAGAAUAGAAAGGAAAUUGGGAGGAAGUUACCAGGAAAUCAAAAAAGAAGCGAGCCCUCCAAAUAAUCUUGUUUUUUGCUUUGAAAAAUCCUAAAUCCCGCUCCAAGUUAUCUCUCUAUCAUUGAUUCUCUUGACCUCUAGAUUUAAUUUUUUUUAUGUAUUAAAUAACCUUGUUGACAACGCUUAUACAUUUAUUUUUUUAAGUCAAGACUUUGAUUAGUAGUAAUUAAAGCGCGGGUUAACUAACUAAUCAUUUCUGAUGACUCGCCAGUUGCUACUCCCUCUCUCCACUUGCAGGCACGUCAUCUGCACAAACUCUCUCUCUCUCUCUCACUCUCUCUCAUAUCCAUAUAGAUGCACCAAGUCUGUUCGUCUCCACAUGUUUGAUUCGUAAUUGAGUCUUCUUCUCAACCAACUGUUAGAGUUGCUUGCAAGAGUUUGAUUAGGAGCUUAUUAUAACAUCAAACUUGGAAGGGAUCAUUCAACUCAUAGCUCACUUUGUGUAAAAAACAAAAAACAAAAAUGGACACUUCACCUCUCAACAAAUUGGUGGAUUGUGCUAAGGCCAUUGAAGGGGGUAACCUGAACGGUGCAGAUUUGCUCUUGUAGGAGAUCAUAGCUGCCAACGAAUCCUUAUCAAGAGCAACGAAAUCAUCAUCAAAUACUAUGUUGAAGUUCUGGUUCGGCGACUCUAUAAACUGUAUCCUCGAAAUCUUACACCGUUAAUACCUUCCGGCACGGAUCGGCUUCCCGAAACAGUCUACCCAUUUGCUCCCUUCUUCUGCUUUCGUGAUUUUACAACACUCGACCCCGUGAGGGAUGCCAUAAAAGGAAAGCGAAGAGUCUAUGAUUCUGGCGGGACAAGUAAAGGCAGACCAGCAGCUAUUUCAGACAACUAUUACAAUUUAAAUUCCAGUGAACUCAUGGAAUUAUGCAAUAUUUCUAACCCAACAAGUGAUGGGGAGGAAGUACAGGAGGCUCCUGACCAGGAAGUCGAGGAACAAGAUUUUGCAUUUGUACCAGCAGCUCCAAACCCUGAUAACGAGGACGGCGGCACGGAUAGUUCUCGUUUGAAUGCAAGCGGUAGAAACAAACGAAGGAGGACAUCUGAGGUGCGGCAAUACUUUGAAGAAGUUAGAGAAAAUGGAGAAAUAUGGGCCAAAUGCAAAAGUUCCAGUAAUAGAUAUCGAGGGGAAAGCAGAAGGGGAACUACAAAUCUUCGCAGACACCUAGCAAAAUAUUGUGCAGGAAAGAAAUAAAAAGGCUGAACAAGAACUAUCUGUCGCCUUCAAAACUUAACAAGUCCAUGUAUUUGAACAAACAUAGUUUGUUUUCAACUUUCGACUUGAUAUUGAAGUUGUGUUCAAUGGAUCCUAUCAAAUGUUCCUCGAGAAUUGAAGUCGUCAACGCCAUUUUUUGAUUUCC